AUGGCUCGUUAUGGUAAAGAAUAUUCUAGUUACAACAGAAAUAGAAGUUGUUCAAGAAAUCGUAAACAAAAAGGAAAUCGUAUACUAUCACAUGAAUCUCAAUCUGAUGAUUCACAUAAAUCAUCAUUUGAAAAAUCAAAGAAAUAUAAUCCAUCACAAAGAAAAUCCAAUCAACAUGACAAAGAAGAUUCAGAUAGUUUAUACAUAUUGGCAAUUCUUUUAUACUAUGAUGCAUUAUCAAAUUUUAUUAUUGAUAAUAGUAGCAUUAGUAGAGAUGACUAUUGA